GGAGGGGGAGUCAGUUCGGGGUAGUAAGUGCACUCGCUAUGCAUUUAAUUGUCUAAUCUAGUAUCCCAAAGGCUGGGUGGAACUGGAAAUUUCCACCGAGGAGAGACGUUGCUGCAGCUAAACUUUCCCACGCUGUCCUUGUUACUAACCUUGCACUCGUUUGCUUCGUAAAUUAAAAAGUUAUACCUGCUAGUUGACUCAAGUUACUAGCGCGAUUGUUCAUCUCCAGCUCUACUGAGCACCGGUUUGGUGCAUAUUUGACUUAACUCUGGGGAAAAAAGGACCUUAUCAAGAUGCCUCUGGGACCUAUAAUGAGGUUAGAUCUAGAGAAGAUAGCUCUCGACUAUAUUGUGCCCUGUUUGCAUGACAUCGGCUUCUGCUACUUGGACAAUUUCCUGGGCGAGGUGGUAGGGGACUGUGUGUUGGAGCGAGUGAAACAGAUGCACUAUAACGGGGAGCUGCAGGAUGGUCAACUAGCCGGCCGCAGCAAUGGCAUCUCCAAAAGACAUUUGAGAGGAGACCAGAUAAAGUGGAUCGGAGGCACCGAGGAAGGAUGUGAGGCCAUCAACUUUCUCUUGUCAUUGAUAGACAGGCUGGUGAUGUAUUGUGGAAGUAGACUGGGCAAGUACUAUGUCAAGGAAAGGUCCAAGGCAAUGGUAGCUUGCUACCCUGGGAACGGAACUGGGUAUGUUCGUCACGUAGACAAUCCAAAUGGCGAUGGGCGCUGUAUCACCUGUAUUUAUUACCUGAAUAAGGACUGGGACUCAAAGCUGCAUGGUGGAAUUCUUCGAAUAUUCCCAGAAGGAAAGUCCUAUGUAGCAGAUGUUGAGCCCAUUUUUGACAGGUUACUUUUUUUCUGGUCAGACCGAAGGAACCCACAUGAAGUGCAACCUUCCUAUGCAACCAGAUAUGCCAUGACUGUGUGGUAUUUUGAUGCUGAAGAAAGAGCAGAAGCCAAAAAAAAGUUUAGGAAUUUAACUGAUGCCGGGAAGACAGAAGCUGUUCUCCAUGAAGACUGAACAGUGAUCUGCUGGCAUAGUGCUUUUAUCACAACAGUUUCUGAACUCUUUGCAAAUGAUGAGAUCCAAAGAUGACUUGUCCAUUUCCAGUGAAACAUUAGACAUUCUUCUUACCCACAGGAAUGUGCUGAUUUGUCUAACACCUGCAUAUUACAUUGAUGGUACUCUCAGUAGCCUCCUAUCAUGUCUGCAUCUGGCAGAAGGAACCCUUGUUUUCUAUUUGCCUUUAACUGAAGAAAGUAACCAAGAUUUUAGUAAAAGAAGAAUGUCACCAAAGCCUAAUGCAAGUGGCUAAGCCAGCUGGCUUUUAGUAAUGGUGGUAAUAAAGAUAACAAGUAUUGGAACCAGUGGGGAAAAAACCUGAGUUUUAUUUGCACUUUAUGUAAAUUUCUUAGCUCAAUGGGAAGGAGAUUUACAAAUUAAAAUCUGUUGCAGAUGCUGAUGGGCAAUGCAAGAUAUUGGAAAUGUGAAAUUAAACUAAGUAUUUGUAGAGGUUCAUCUUCUGUUAUGCUUAACGUGGGGCCAUUGAUGAGCUGCUAAUCACUUUUGUUGCACAGAGCAUUGGCUUAACUCUCCUGUAUUAUUACUUUCUAAAAGGAUAAUCUUCCAUGUUGCCAUCAAACUGCCUGGAUUUUGUUCACAUUUCAGUGGUCAAGUGGUAGCAAUUCAGUUGCUUUGCUCUUUUACAGCCCCCGGACAGAGGGUGGGGAGGCAGUUGCUCAUCUGUUCACAAUUUUGUGAUUUUGUUUUUCUUUUUGAUUUGAGAUGGAUCAAUGUUCACUUCCAUUUUCCAUUUGUUUUUUAAAGCAGCUGGUUUCUCUGAAAGAUUGGUAAGCUGGGAAGGUUGAUAGCAUGCAAAAUGCUUUAGCCCUUAGAGCCAAGAAUUUUUAAUUCAGUCUCUAUAUACCAACUUGUGUAUGGUAGAAGUGUGAAUUUGGAAGGUAAAGAUAUGUUUGGCAGCCUGACAAAUGUAUGAUGAAAAGCUAUCUCUAAUUUAGCGUUUUGAUUUCUCUCUCUCAUGCCCAUCCUGAGCUCGGACAAUUGGUUAAUUUUGUAUGUGUGUGCACUUUGAAUGAAAAAGUGAUGCUGUCCCAAUUGUUCCAAAUUAUUUUCCCUGCUGCAUUUGAGCCACAAGAUGUACC